ACAGCAGCUGUAGAAAUUACGUUUCGCUUCGCGCGCGAAUUACGGAACCUGUGUAUUUAUUCUGGAGAUUAAGCACUCUAUUGUUUGGGAUAACCCUGAAGAAUCCUACAUAUGUUUACUCAACCAACAAACGGAUGGGUUGUUGGGGAAGAAGCCCUGAAGUUAGGCAGAGGGAUUGUUUGUUCGCCGUAAAUUUGAUUGCAUCCAGCAUGUCCAAACAUAGCGAAAAGGAUUAUCUCAAGAAAGGAUUACUGCUGCCCGAUUGGUGAUGGAGCUUUCUCAUCUCUACGCGUGGUUUUAAUUAAAUGAAUGUUUGUGGAAGUGGUGGCUCUCCAAAGGAUAUCCUUUUCAAUGCAGUGAGAUUGGAAUCAGCUUCGGUGAUUGAUAAAGUGCUUCCUGCGGCUUGUUUCCGGAAGUGCCAGUGCAAAGUUUGCGAAGAUUAGUGGUGGACUCGUCGUCGCUUUCGGCGACCGCAGGGGGGUGGUGCUUGGCAUGCUUUCGGGUGGCAGAAAAACCCUACCCUGCAAUGAAACCGACUGAAGUUUCAUGGGUGGAAUUUGUUAUGUGUCCAAUGGUACCGUCGAAGUGGUCACCUUCAAAGUGCAGGAUCUGGACAGUGCUGUUGUUGUUGAUUUUAUCACUGUUUGUCGUUUGGCCGCGAGUGCUGUUGUGUUCAGUGCAGGAAUUACCGCCACAAGCUUGGUGACUAGUGCUGGUGUCAUCGCUGCUGUUGCUUUACACCCAACGUCAUCUCGUGCACUCGUCGGAAGUGAUGGUAGAUCCACUUAAAAUCUUCUGGGUACUCACAAACAGCACGUAUCUAGUUACCAAGUUCAUCCGUAUCGGAAUUGCUGACAAGAAUGACAAUCCACCAUACUUCGACAAGGCCCUGUACGAAGCGGAGGUCGACGAAAACGAAGACAUCCAGCACACAGUCCUCACCGUCACCGCCAAGGAUCACGACGAGUCCUCGCGUAUUCGAUAUGAGAUCACGAGCGGUAACAUAGGCGGUGCCUUCGCGGUGAAGAACAUGACGGGUGCCAUCUACGUCGCUGGUGCCCUGGAUUACGAGACAAGAAAGCGAUACGAACUCCGCCUAGCCGCGUCCGAUAACUUGAAGGAAAACUACACCACCGUGGUCAUCCACGUCAAGGACGUCAACGAUAAUCCACCUGUUUUCGGGCGGCCUACCUACCAGGCCCAGAUCACCGAAGAGGACGACCGAAACCUACCGAAGCGUAUUCUGCAGGUCACAGCAACCGACGGCGACAAGGACCGUCCGCAGAACAUCGUGUACUUCCUGACCGGGCAGGGUAUCGAUCCGGACAACCCGGCCAACAGCAAAUUCGACAUCAAUCGGACCAGCGGAGACAUCUUCGUGCUUAAGCCACUGGACCGGGACCAACCGAACGGUAGACCUCAGUGGCGUUUCACGGUGUUCGCCCAGGACGAAGGCGGCGAGGGUCUGGUGGGCUACGCGGACGUGCAGGUCAACCUGAAGGACAUCAACGACAACGCUCCCAUCUUCCCGCAGGGUGUCUACUUUGGUAACGUUACUGAGAACGGAACCGCCGGCAUGGUUGUAAUGACGAUGACUGCCGUCGAUUAUGACGAUCCAAAUGAGGGUACGAACGCAAAGCUGAUAUAUUCGAUCGAAAAGAAUGUGAUAGAAGAGGAGACGGGCUCACCGAUAUUCGAAAUCGAAGCUGACACAGGUGUCAUCAAAACGGCCGUGUGUUGUUUGGAUCGGGAACGAACGCCGGAUUAUUCCAUACAGGUGGUAGCGAUGGAUGGAGGGGGGUUGAAAGGGACUGGGACGGCCUCUAUACGCGUCAAGGAUAUAAACGACAUGCCGCCGCAGUUUACCAAAGACGAAUGGUUCACCGAGGUGGAUGAAACGGACGGCACAAACCUGCCGGAAAUGCCCAUUCUCACGGUGACGGUUCACGAUGAGGACGAAACUAAUAAGUUCCAAUACAAGGUGAUUGAUAACAGUGGCUACGGAGCGGACAAGUUCACCAUGGUUCGAAACAACGACGGCACGGGAAGCUUGAAGAUCGUUCAGCCACUGGAUUAUGAAGACCAACUACAGAGCAAUGGGUUCCGGUUCCGGAUACAGGUGAACGAUAAGGGAGAAGACAAUGACAAUGACAAAUACCACGUGGCAUACUCGUGGGUGGUUGUGAAACUUAGAGAUAUUAACGAUAACAAACCUCAAUUCGAACGACCGAACAUUGAAGUUUCGGUGUACGAAAACGCUGACGUAGGCAAAACUUUGGAAACGUUCAAAGCCACCGACCCGGAUCAGGGUGGUCGAAGUAAAGUUUCUUAUGCAAUUGAUCGGUCAUCCGACCGACAGCGACAAUUCUCGAUUAACCAAGAAGGCACCGUUACUAUCCAACGGCAGUUGGAUCGUGAAGUUACACCCCGGCAUCAGGUGAAAAUCCUCGCAAUCGAUGACGGCAUUCCACCGAAAACCGCCACCGCCACAUUGACCGUAAUUGUUCAGGAUAUCAACGAUAAUCCACCCAAGUUCCUCAAAGACUACCGACCGGUUCUGCCGGAACAUGUUCCUCCCCGAAAGGUUGUAGAAAUUCUAGCCACCGAUGAUGACGAUCGCUCCAAGAGCAAUGGACCGCCGUUCCAGUUCCGAUUGGACCCUGGAGCAGACGACAUCAUUCGGGCUUCAUUCAAGGUUGAACAGGACCAGAAGGGCGCCAACGGUGACGGUAUGGCGAUUGUGUCCUCACUGCGAUCAUUCGACCGGGAGCAACAGAAAGAGUACCUGAUUCCGAUCGUGAUCAAAGAUCACGGUAAUCCAGCAAUGACCGGUACCAGCACCUUGACGGUGGUGAUAGGAGACGUGAACGACAAUAAGAUGCAACCCGGUGCGAAGGAGAUAUUCGUGUACAAUUAUUUGGGGCAGGCGCCGGAUACGCAGAUAGGAAGGGUCUACGUGUACGAUCUGGACGACUGGGAUCUUCCGGAUAAGAAGUUCCACUGGGAGACGAAUCACGAGCACCCAAGGUUCAAGCUGGAUGAGGACACGGGCAUGAUAACGAUGCGAACGGGAACGAAGGAUGGGCGGUAUAAUUUACGGUUCAAGGUGUAUGAUCGGAAGCAUACGCAGGCAGAUGUGCCGGCGAACGUUACGGUUACGGUGCGGGAGAUUCCCCACGAUGCGGUGAUCAACAGUGGGUCAAUUCGGAUAGCGGGUAUAACAGAUGAGGAUUUCAUACGGGUGUGGAACUACAAAACUCAAACGGUAGCGAAGAGUAAGUUGGAUCGGUUUAAGGAUAAGUUGGCAGAUUUGUUGAAUACGGACAGAGAGAACGUGGACGUGUUUAGUGUACAGCUGAGGAGAAAGCAUCCUCCCCUAACAGAUGUGAGAUUUUCGGCGCAUGGCUCACCUUAUUACAAACCCGUGCGGCUGAAUGGAAUUGUGCUGAUGCAUCGAGAGGAGAUUGAGAAGGAUGUGGGCAUUAACAUUACCAUGGUUGGAAUCGACGAGUGCUUGUACGAGAAUCAGAUGUGCGAAGGGUCGUGUACGAACACGUUGGACAUUAGCUCGCUGCCAUAUAUGGUGAAUGCGAACAAGACUUCGCUGGUUGGUGUGAGGGUGGAUGUGCUGGCUGAAUGCACGUGCGGCGCGAGAAACUUCAGUAAAGCGGAGUCGUGCCGUUCGUCUCCGUGCUAUAACGGCGGUCGUUGUAUGGAAACUCGCUACGGGUUGACUUGCUCGUGUCCUACAGGGUACACAGGGCCACGUUGCCAGCAAACGACGAGAAGCUUCCGAGGCAAUGGCUGGGCGUGGUAUCCACCACUGGAUAUGUGCGACGAUUCGCAUUUAAGUUUCGAGUUUAUUACGCGAAAAUCUGACGGUCUGCUGCUGUACAAUGGACCGAUUGUACCACCGGAGCGAGAUGAGUUGCUCGUGUCUGAUUUCAUUUCCGUCGAGCUGGAGAGAGGUUACCCAAGACUGCUGAUUGACUUUGGUUCCGGCACGCUGGAGCUGAGAGUCAAGACGAAAACUACCCUGGACAAUGGCGAGUGGCACAGGCUGGACAUAUUCUGGGAUACGGAGAACGUCCGAAUGGUUGUGGAUUAUUGUAAAUCGGCGGAAGUGAACGAGAUGGAGGAUGGAUCAACGCCAGAGUUCGAUGAUGCAACUUGCCAAGCACGGGGAACUAUACCGCCGUUCAAUGAGUACUUAAAUGUGAACGCUCCUCUACAGAUUGGAGGUUUCUAUCGAGAACAGUUUGAUCCGACCCACUAUAGGUGGAAUUAUAUGCCGAUGGGCAAAGGAUUCGAUGGUUGUAUAAAGAAUCUGGUGCAUAAUAGUAAAUUGUAUGACUUGGCGCAUCCUGGACUGUCUCGGAAUAGUGUGGCAGGUUGUCCACAGACGGAGGAAGUAUGCAGUCAGAGUGAACAAACUUCCCGAUGCUGGGAGCAUGGAAACUGCGUGGGUAGCUUCACGGAAGCAAGGUGUCAGUGCCGACCGGGAUGGACUGGUCCAGCUUGUAACAUCCCAACGAUACCGACAACGUUUAAGCAGCAGAGUUAUGUGAAGUAUGCGCUUAGCUUUGAACCGGAUCGCUUUAGUACGCUGGUUCAGUUGAGGUUCAGAACGAGAGAACAGCAUGGUGAAUUGUUCCGAGUUAGUGAUCAGCACAAUCGCGAGUACGGAAUACUGGAGAUCAAGGAUGCUCGGUUACGGUUCCGGUACAAUCUAAAUUCUCUACGAACGGAAGAACGAGAUAUUUGGCUGAACGCGAUUGCCGUAGAUGACGGACAGUGGCAUGUGGUGAGGGUGAAUCGUCACGGUUCCGCUGCAACACUGGAGCUGGAUGGCGGUGAAGGAAGGAGAUACAACGAGACGUUCACGUUUGAAGGGCAUCAGUGGUUGCUGGUGGAUAAGCAGGAAGGUGUCUACGCUGGUGGUAAAGCAGAAUAUACUGGCGUGCGGACGUUUGAGGUGUACGCCGACUACCAAAAGAGCUGUUUGGAUGAUAUAAGACUCGAAGGUAAACAUUUGCCGCUUCCACCGGCUAUGAACGGAACCCAGUGGGGUCAGGCAACCAUGGCCCGCAAUCUCGAACGAAACUGUCCAUCCAAUAAGCCAUGUGCCAAUGUCAUCUGUCCGGAUCCAUUCGAAUGUGUGGAUCUGUGGAAUGAAUACGAGUGCACUUGCGGUGAAGGUCGUGUCAUGUCGCCCGACGGCAAAGGAUGCAUGGACCGGAACGAGUGUCUGGAUUUGCCCUGCCUGAACGGCGGCAUCUGCAUCAAUCAGGAGCCGAAGCUGCGCUACCGCUGCGAUUGCCCCGAUGGGUUCUGGGGCGAGAACUGCGAACUCAUCCAGGAGGGCCAGACGCUGAAGCUGAGCAUGGGCGCGCUGGCCGCCAUUCUUGUGUGUCUGCUAAUAAUAUUGAUCCUGGUAUUGGUAUUUGUGGUGUACAAUCGGAGGCGUGAGUCGCACAUCAAGUACCCGGGACCGGAUGACGACGUCCGGGAGAACAUCAUCAACUACGACGACGAGGGCGGCGGCGAGGACGACAUGACCGCCUACGAUAUCACCCCACUGCAGAUCCCGAUCGGACCGAUGCCGGAGCUGACGCAGUGCAAAAUGCCGCCUCUGAUGUAUCCGGUCAUGACGAUGGGACCCGGUCAUGAGCCGAACGUGGGUAUGUUCAUCGAGGAGCACAAGAAGCGGGCGGACAGCGACCCGAAUGCGCCACCGUUCGACGACCUGAGGAACUACGCGUACGAGGGCGGUGGCAGCACGGCCGGUUCGUUGAGCUCGCUACAAUCAGGUACCGACGACGAGGUCCAAGAGUUCGACUACUUGGACGCGUGGGGUCCCCGCUUCGACAAGCUGGCCAACAUGUACGGCGACCAUCAUCCGACCGAGCUCGACGAGCUCAAUUAGGUAAGACAUAGGAUGGGAGGUGGUAGGGCCGUCUCGCCACCCACCCACCGAAUCUAGUGCUAGUCAUUGCGGUUCGUAAAUCAGUCAGUCGAGCGCACACAAAGUUACAACUGAAGAAUUGUGAACAUCAUCGUCGGUCAUCGUCAGAUAGUGAAGGGUGAAGACCUAAUCAACACGUGGCAGUGGCCCCAUCAUCGCAAGCGGUUUCUGUUGUUCCCUCGAAAGAGACUGCCUCCUUCCUAUUAGAACUAUGAGAACGGGAAACAAGUGGAUGACCGCUGCCUGCCGGUGGUGUUCCAUGGACGACGGAUGAUUAGGUGGUUGAGGUUAUGUUGAAAGUAACAGGAUUUCAGUUGUAUUUUAUCUGAUUGGUGGAAAGCACGAUGAUGAAGAAGAUAGCGCGCAACUAAAGAAAGCUAAACCAAAGUUUAAUUAUUAACGUUGAUGAAGGAUGAUGGGGAGAGCUCAAAUGGUGGGAUGUAGAGAGGAAAGCCAGCCAUAAAAUGAUUCAUUUUUUCUACUCUCGGGUAAACUUUAGUAAGUAAAAAGUGAAAAGUUUUCUUCUCACAGCUCUGCGUGGUAAUGCCGAAGGUGAAUCCGGGGGUGAGAAGGGGUUACCUCCUGCCAAAAGGGUUUCUCGCUAUCAUUUUCUUCGUGGAUAGAAAUCCGCUCGUUUUGAGCGAUGAAUAUUAUUAUUCCAGUGAUUCAGCUAUAUACUUAUAUCAACGAGAUUUUAAUGAGUGAUGUUCUCGUUCGGGAGAGUUUUUUUUCGGUGAAAUUUACACAAAAGAAGGAGAGACAAGCUCAUAUACACGAACAGUUAUACAAUACUCUUGAACAAAACAGACUAACAUACACAAACAGUUACACAAACACGCAUUUAUACACAGUUGAACAUGAAUAGAAACACGUAACAAAUCUAGGGUGUAAUUAUUUAUUGUAAUUUUAUUUUCAAAUCAAAUGCCGUAACAAUCGAUAGUGAAGGAUAAGAAAUAUUGUUUUAAUUCAAACAAAUUUAAGUAAGUAUGAAUAAGCGUUUCGUUACUUUAGUUUGUUAUAAUAAUUCACUCAGUUUCGAAUUUGAUUUUACCCGGAUCAAACACAAUACGCUGUUCCUGUUUUUCGUCUUAAGUAAGUGAAAGUUUUUUAGUAGGAAAAACUGAAUCGAAAUAUUGUUUUUAUAAAACAUCGUAAGCCUAGAAACUAAACACUAAUACACAGACCUAUGAAACGAGAACAAAAACAUCAACAGAAUAUGGGAGAGGAUCACAACACUCGCUCUAACAUUUUUUGGAAAGCUCGAGAUCGUCAACUUUAUUCCAACCAAAUCGAUCUAGAAAAAUAAGUGUUUUGAGUCCACACGGAUAUCAGACACGAAUAUAAAAACGAAAACGAAAGCUCGUAAACUUAACGAUUAGUGUACUGUCUGCAAAACAACUCUAAGCUAAGUAAAUCAAAUAUACAGCACAGAAUGUGGAUUUGUGGUAAAUUAAGAUCCAUUGGCCGAAAUCUACUAAAAAGUUUUCUGCAAUACAGAAAGCAAAAUUCGGAAACUGUGUGGCUAGAACAGACAAAUUUUGACAGUAAAAAACCGUGGCAGAACACUAGAGUGUUUUUAAGGUAAAUUUAUUUAUGUCGUAAGCUAAUAUUAACGAAAAAAUGAUAUUGUACAUCCAAAGACUGUAAACGUUUGUUCUUAUAAAACUUUUCGUUCAAUGUGAUUUGAGUUCGAAUUUUAAGAUCGAAUAGCGAAUCAUGCUGGUUCCCUAAUUCGAAGAAACACAAAAUGCUGAUGACCAUUUUGAGAAUCCGAACCAUGAGUUUCGAAGCAUUUGGUUCAUUCUCGUUUUGUACAUAUUGGAAGCUUCAUAUAACAUUCUGAGACAUUAAAAUCAAGAUCCCAAUUCCCACAGUUCACACUUCAUGAUAGACAAUUCACGCUAGUGAAGUAUAAACGUUUCAAAAAAAAUCAAAGACAGCCCCACAUAUACAAAUGAUUCCGUAAAACAUUUUCUACAUGCGAAAGAAAAUGCAAGCAAACUGAAUCUGUAUUAUUGAACAUUAUUAUUAUUAUCUUAGGUGAAAAGGACAAAACAAACGAUAUUAAUUAGUACGCUCAUUAAUAUAGGAAAGAUAUUUAAUCAAUCGCCAUUACAAAAAUAGGAGUCAAUGGAACCCAUUUUAAACAUUAACGUCACUCAUUCACAUUACUAUUCGUUAGUAGAGUUCAGUUGGAACAGUUGCAUUAUCAUCGUACUGAAUCGAAUUGGUUUGUCAUAUUUUGCUACUCUAUCACCAUUACACAUUUACAUCUACAUACGCAUGCGGACACAAGAGCACACUCUCAAUACACAUUCACAUAUCCUUCCAUUCACGCAGUCUCGCAACUCAUUCCAAUAGCAAUCAAAUCUAUCUCACAACCUCAUCCCAGUAGCCAUUGAAAUUUUCACUCGAACUAAAACCAAAACAAACCAACACUGCGCGAAAUAGAAAAAAAAAUCCGAGUUAGUUAAUUGAGAAUCCAUCUUUUUUAUCAAUGACGAAAGUUGAGAAAACAAGGUUAUUCAUUCCACACGUAUGAACAUGAACGAAUGCAGUAUCCUUUUGAUAACAGAUAAAAUGCGAUAUAACUGUACUCGUAAGGCAAAAGCACUCAAUUCCUAAACAGUGAAACCAAACAGACAAACUCAAACCGGGGUUCGUAUGAGUAAUGCUCACACAACCAAAUACAGAAAAAAAAAUAAUGAAAAUUUACACAUUUUAGAUGCAAUUCAAAAAUCGGAAUGGAAAUCACUGGUGUUACACACAUAGAAGAAAAAAAUAAAUAAAACCGAAAAACUACCAAAAUCCUAGUGUAAAUAUAGUGUUAUAAAAAGUGAAUGAAGAGAUCGCGAGUGAACAGAAAGAAGAAAAUUUGCUAAACACAAAUAGGAGUAAAACAGAAUGGUUAAGAAGUUAUAUUUCAAGACUAUCUAGUUUUUUUUCCCUAUACCCCCUUCAAAAUGGUGUGUGGGGUGGGAGAAAAAUACAUUAUGAUAAAAAAAAGUGGAAUAAAGACGAAUUAAGAGUAAAUAACCGAGAAAAAAAAGGAGAAAAGAUAAAGGAAAAUGUUACUUAGAGAAAAUUUUAGAACGAACUAAAACACUCAAAUACACACAAACACAUACAAACACUCAAACUGGGAAAAUUAAACUAAAACGAAACUAAACGGCAGUCACUCAAUUACAUUCAAAAUGCGGGAGAAAGAAAUACACAUUCACACAUAACACAAACAAAAUCGACGACGUUCAAUUAUGGUUUAGAACAGAAAAAAUGCUAAAAAAAUAAAGGUACACCUUCGGAGCCAACACUCCGAAUGGAUGGAUGAAAUUGAA